GCCGGCGCGCCGCUCUUCCAGCGUCCCCAGAGCCGCUUUCCCGCCAGGACGACGCUUCAGAGGUUUUCAGCUUCCCUUCCUCGUCGCUCCCGCACUCGAUUUUAGCCACUGCUGUCGGCUUUUAUAUCCUUCUCCGCCAUGCCGCGUGAGCCUGCGAAGAGGAAGGCAGAAAAGCAGCUGUUCGAUGCCUCGUCCUUCGGGAAGGACCUUCUGGCCGGCGGAGUCGCGGCAGCUGUGUCCAAGACAGCAGUGGCGCCCAUCGAGCGGGUGAAGCUGCUGCUGCAGGUGCAGGCCUCGUCGAAGCAGAUCAGCCCGGAGGCGCGGUACAAAGGCAUGGUGGACUGCCUGGUGCGGAUUCCUCGCGAGCAGGGUUUCUUCAGUUUUUGGCGUGGCAAUUUGGCAAAUGUUAUUCGGUAUUUUCCAACACAAGCUCUAAACUUUGCUUUUAAGGACAAAUACAAGCAGCUAUUCAUGUCUGGAGUUAAUAAAGAAAAACAGUUCUGGAGGUGGUUUUUGGCAAACCUGGCUUCUGGUGGAGCUGCUGGGGCAACAUCUUUAUGUGUGGUAUAUCCUCUAGAUUUUGCCCGAACCAGAUUAGGUGUCGAUAUUGGAAAAGGUCCUGAAGAGCGACAAUUCAAGGGUUUAGGUGACUGUAUUAUGAAAAUAGCAAAAUCAGAUGGAAUUCCUGGUUUAUACCGAGGGUUUGGUGUUUCAGUACAGGGCAUCAUUGUGUACCGAGCCUCUUAUUUUGGAGCUUAUGACACAGUUAAGGGUUUAUUACCAAAGCCAAAGAAAACUCCAUUUCUUGUCUCCUUUUUCAUUGCUCAAGUUGUGACUACAUGCUCUGGAAUACUUUCUUAUCCCUUUGACACAGUUAGAAGACGUAUGAUGAUGCAGAGUGGUGAGGCUGAACGGCAAUAUAAAGGAACCUUAGACUGCUUUGUGAAGAUAUACCAACAUGAGGGUAUCAAUUCCUUUUUUCGUGGUGCCUUCUCCAAUAUCCUUCGUGGUACAGGGGGUGCUUUGGUGUUGGUAUUAUAUGAUAAAAUUAAGGAAUUCUUUAAUAUUGAUAUUGGUGGUAGUUCAUAGGGAGAGUAAAUUAAGAAAUACAUGGAUUUAACUUAAACAUACAAAUUACAUAGCUGCCAUUUGCAUACCUUCUGAUAGUGUGUUAUUGUCUCUAUUUUGUUAAAGUGCUAGUUCUGCAAUAAAGCAUAUAUUUUUUUCAAGGAUUUAAAUGCUAAAUAUCAGAUUUUUCUUCCCAUUUAGACUCAAACACAUUUUAAUGUGAUAUUUCAUUUAUUAUAGGUAGUGUAUUUUAAUGUGUUAGUUUAAAAUUCUUUUAGGAUUAAAAAUUAAAAUGUAUAAUGCUGAAAUCUAAGAAAUGAAAGUAUCUUCUUUUAAAUUGCUAUUCAUUUAAUAUACCUGUUUUCCCAUCUUUUAAAAUCAUAUGGCAUGACAAAUAUUUCUUAAAAGCUUAUCAAGAGAUGUCAUCAUAACUGUAGGCACAAAUAAGCUUUGUUCUGUAUCUCUUCUAAGACAGCACAGCUAUUACUGUGUACCGUAUUUACAGUAUCAGUUAGCUUUUGAUCAUAGAUGUGAUCAUUUAAAGAUUUGAUAAUGAUUUCAGUGACAUUAUAAAACUGAAACUGGAAAAUAAAAAUGGCUUAUCUGUUGAUGUUUGUCUUUGAAAUAAAUAAAUAUCUUGCUAGUGUGAAUA